CUGUCGUAAUAAAUAAAAAACCUUAGCUAGAAAAAAAACCCUGUCAUCAAAGAUUCUACCAUCUCCAAGUUCUCUUUUUUCCAAUACGCAUACACAUAUCUUCUCAUAUAGAUGCAAAUACACAUAUGGUAGAGUAGAAUCACAUAUUCUCGCAGAGCAACAGUGACAAUCCCGAGCUUGCAACACACCUAUAUGACGGAAAAUAAAAAACGAAAUUACUCGGAAGCUCGAGAUUGCAACAAAAAAAAAAUUCCAUUCAUUAUCGCGCAAACAUUUUUUUCAUAAUCGUCUCCAACGUCGACAGCACACAGACACACGCAUAUGUAAAUAUCCUUUCAAAUUUUCUUGCACGGUGUAUAGGACAAUACUACACACUAGUGCACAGAAAUACUACUUUCUCGCGUUAAUCGGUUGCAAGAGAGUGAGUGAGAAAACCAUACUCCUUCGAAGGGGAAGAGAAAAACAUUCUCGUUGCGAUAUGUAGUGUGUCGCGCGACGAACCCGGAACGCAAUCGUUGUGAGAUCUCCGUUCAACUCAAUCACAUUCUUCUUUGAUCGUGAAUGAAGUGUUGUUUUUUGACUUCUCGUUAAACAUACCUUGAGGCCUCUUGUAAAAAGAAGGUUGAGAAAAAAGAGAAAAAAUAUAUUUCGGAGUGUCAUUAGUGUUUUACGAUGUCGGGAGACCGGGUUAUCGUGGACGAACAUCGAUGACACACCCGUGUAGCCCGUGUCGUUUACGCUCAAUGACAGCUACGCUUUUUCAGCGUUUCCAUCUCUUAUCGUAUUUUAUAUGUGUUUUUAUUCAUUUAUCUUUUACCGAAAUUCAAUGUACUCAGUGUCUUUCGAAAGUGAAACGUGUUAAAAGUGGUUCGUGAUGAUUUAUUUAUAAAUAUAGAUAUAUGUCUACGGAUAAUAGAUACUUGUAUUGCUUGUAUGUAUGCCUAUGUAGAGUAAAAAAAGUGCGGACACAGUUAUUGGUGCAGCAAACGACGAGAUUAUAGAGCCAACACAAAAGGGCAACGAAGUCAAAUGUUCCUUGAUCUACCGAAUAUUAAUCCUUGAACAAAUUCUGUUGGAGAGGGAAGGAAUGGCAAGUUUGACGGUAUCGUCAUCCAGCAAAAACAGCUCUCGAGGCACUUCUCCCAGUAGAGGAAAUCCCUCAACCCCUCAAGCGCAUCAACAGCAUACAGCAAAUCCAGAGUCUACAACCAAGUCAUGUAAUGCGACGGUGCAACAAACGGGCGAAGGUAGCGUAGGGAGUGGAAGCAGUAGCGGGGGCGGUGCCAACGCCGGUAUGAAGGGCAGCGUUCGUCAAAGAUCUCCUGGAACAAUGGCACGAAACACCGAAACCAUGGACGAGUCCACAAAUCCGCAUGCCUCCACUGCCGAACCUGACGAGUUUGCUCCUAACGUACAUCCACCAACGGACGACGAAGGGGAAGUUUAUCACAUCACGCAAUCUUUUCUGUCCAACGGCUCCAGCGAACUAAUUGCCGACGAUGUCGAUUCGAGCGGCAUACGAGCUCGCCAAGCCAUGGAACACAUUCAAAGUAAAAUCGCUAAAACAAGGGAACUCAUUAAAAUCGAACAAAAAUUGCGAGACGAAAACGUGAACGAGUAUCUGAAGCUGUCCGCAAAUGCCGACAAGCAACAACUGUCGAGAAUCAAAACGAUAUUUGAGAAGAAGAAUCAAAAAUCGGCCCACAGCAUAUCGCAGUUGCAGAAGAAACUUGACAGUUGUACGAAAAAAUUAAGAAACUACGAGAUGAACGGUGCUCCCGCGAGUCAUCGUCAGCCAAGGGAAGUUCUACGAGACAUGGGUCAAGGUCUUAAAAAUGUGGGCGGCAAUAUUAGAGACGGAAUCACCGGUUUUUCGGGGAGUGUCAUGUCAAAACCACGAGAGUUUGCACAUCUCAUCAAAAAUAAGUUUGGCAGUGCUGACAAUAUAAACACUUUAUCACUUGAUAGUAAUGGCUCAACUUUUUAUGUAAACGAUACACCACGUGCAGGUAACGGUGACACUGGAAGCGCGGAAGAGGAAAAGACUCAUCAUGGCUCAGCCACCCUUCCCGGUGGCUGCAGCCUUGGAUCGACUCACAGCGCAGCACCCGUUAAAUUCCCAUCUGAAGAAGGCUCCGAAUGCUCGAGUGUAACCAGCGAAAGUGGCCCCGGUAGCAGAGGCCAACCUCAUACUUGUCACCCUACCAACGCAGCCUAUAGCCUAAAAUCUAUUUUCUCCGAACUUCAAGAUCAUCGUGAAAAUUUCGAGAGAAUGAGAGAAAAGAUGGAAUCGCUUAAGGCUCUCCAGCAAGAAGUGGCCUACUUAUCUCACUCCCUUCAGGAGGAACGUUUUCGUACUGAGCGCUUGGAAGAGCAAAUAAACGAUUUGACAGAGUUGCAUCAGAACGAAGUUGAAAAUUUGAAGCAGACGAUCACAGAUAUGGAAGAAAAAGUGCAGUACCAGAGCGAGGAUCGUUUGAGAGAUAUACACGAAAUGUUGGAGUCGUGCCAGACGAAAAUUUGGAAAAUGGAACAUCAACAACAACAACAUCAGCAGUAUGUUACGUUAGAAGGAUUGGACAAUAGUAAUGCGAGAGCUCUCGUCGUCAAAUUGAUAAACGUCGUACUGACGGUGCUCCAAGUAAUUCUAUUGCUGGUUGCAACCGGUGCUGGAAUUAUGAUGCCAUUCCUUAGAACAAGCUGUACUAAGCCUCAUUGUUUUAUGUGCAGAGUGCGCAUAUUGACGACGUCCGUCGUCGUCCUAGGCAUUAUCUUCGUCCUCAAGCAAUGGCCAGAGGUCCACGAUGUUGGCAGUCAUCUUAUGCGUCAUCUCAAACAAACCCUUGCCGUUAAGUAGCAUUGGUGGAACUUUUAAAACACCAACGCAACAAUUACCCACCGAGAAACCAGAUAUCGAACGAGAUUCGAUAAACCAUGUGGAAGGUUAAUCCACGCCGAGGGAUGACUAAGUAAUAGAAAAAAGAAAAACUAAAGAAAAAAUCAUCGACACGAUGUGCCCAUUGAAGAAAAGAAUCGGAAAGAAAAUUUCUGAGAGGGCAAUUGCUUGAUGAAUAAUCGGUGAAGUGGUAUAUCGUUCGAACAAGGUCUCUUAUUUACUUGUAUAAUUGGGUAUAGAAGAAUUACUGUAAAAUACGAAUUAGUUAUUAAGAAUAACGAGAAUGAACCUCGCGUAGUCGAGAUUACGAACGAAUCCAGAACAGACAAACGUUCAUACGUUAUCUACGUUAAAGUAUGGAUAUCGUCUAUAAUAACAGAGAAGAAAACAAAAUCCCGUUGUUGAAGAUUCUAUGAAUUUUGGGUUUUACUUUUUCUGGAAAUAAUCCGAAAAACUCCCAUGGACUGUGAUUGAUUUUCAUUAGGCAAGUUUUAGAAGAAAUUUGAGACGAAAUUAACAAAUUGAUCGGGGAGAAGCUCGAGAAUAUGAAAGAGAAUAAAUAUAAAAAUUUCUCUGGGAGAAUGAAAAUGAAAUAAGAAGUAUUUGAACCAGCGAAAUCGUCGAAAAAGACCAUGACAGAUGGGCGGAAUCGAAGGACUGUUGGUCCGGGUGUUUCGGUGAAUAAUUUAUGAACCACUGAAAAUAUUGGAUUUUGGUCUGCAAAUGUCUAUGAAUACUUGAUUUCGGAAAUAACGAAAACGAAUAAGAAAACACGUCAGAAUGAGCCAACGAAAGGUCGAUGAAAUGGUAAAUCGGAUUUUUCUUUCAUGGAUACUUUUUUGAAGCGAAUUUGGAAUGAAAACAACAAUUCUCCGUGAAGAUCCCAAAGACAUUGAUCCGAAGACUUAAAAAUUCAUAGCCACGUUCCAUCGUUCGAGGUAAAUUAAGAAAUUUCCAAACUCACCUAAUCCACGAGAUCAAUACUUUGCUCAUUUUUUUAAGACACUCUUAUGAUUAAUUUCCGUCAAAGAAAAUAUCGAAUGACCCCAAUCUCAUUCUCCCGGUGAAACAAAUGUAACGGAUGAGCGACUUUGUCCUUUAUUUUUAUUUUUUCCUCAUUCAAUGACUACUAGAACCUCUACUUUUGCUUUUUAAUCUUGAAGUAAAUCCCGCAGUAUAAUCGAUUUUAUUCCAUUAAUUAACAACAAAUAUAUCAUCUAUAUUGUGCUUUUCAAUAAGAAUUCGAAUGUCAAAGUUAUAAUAUUAAACACAAAAAAUUGAAUUUAGGUAUUUUCCUAAUUCCUCCAACGUGAACAGUAUAAAUACAUAUCUUAAACUCAAUUACACUAUUUUUCCUCAAUGAAAUUUUUUAAUAAAAGCUUUUCCUCAAUACGAAUACAAAACCUCAAAAAAGUUGCUGAAAGAAUCAACAUUUCCAUCGUUUAUUUUCAAACCACAUUCACUAAGCUAAAUAAAACAUCGGAAUUUCAUUGUAAAACUAAAAACAGAGCGUGUCAAUUAUUUAUGAGUAAUCAACAUUGAAUUUUAUAAAUUUGAUUCUUAUGCCGUAUUAUGAGGAAAAAAGAAGAUGAGAAAACAAAAGUAGAGCUCCUUUUCAUGGUUUUCCGAAUAUAUUUCUAGCUGACGAGUCGCUCGCCGAUAAGAAACGAGUCUUUUUUUAUUUUAUUUGAGAGUGCGCGGUGCUGCCUUUGUUGUGAUGCACAAAGUCACGUUCAGUAUUACGCAUGCAAAGUGUGUACGUAAGAGGAAGAAGCACUACACGGUAUUACCCGGUAAUAGAUGCUAGAAAGAAGUUGAUAAAUCCUGCCGGAAAGCUAAUAUCUCGAGCGGGCGAGUUCAUUAAUAUUUUUUACGAAAGAGAAAGAAAAACAGUAAGGGAAGAUCUAUUAACGCAGAUGAAUUUAAUUCGCACGGAAUAACUCGAGACUUCCGAUAGGAAUGAAAAAAUGUUCUCGAACCAGUAUGAGUAUAUCGAGCUAAAAGUAAUUGAUGCUGUUGCACUUUUUUCCAUUGCAUCGAUUUUUAGUAACCAAUUGUAGUGUACUAUUUUAGAUACGAAGAGUAAACAAUUGUCCGAUCACAAUAUCGUGAACUACGCGAGCCAAAUUUUGGUGUUCCUAUAUGAGUUAUUAAUCGCUCUCUCGCUUCACUUCUCUCUAUCUUUAUCCUUCUGGUAUUUAUCUGUGAACCGCUGUGACUAUCAUAAGUUUUAUCUAAUUGGUAAAAAUGAAUAAUCAUUUUUUUCGGGAUCAAUGUUACGAUGUGGUAGAAAAGAAAAAUAUAAAGAGAAACUAAGAAACCAAACAAACAACAAACGAAACAAAAUCUACUAUAUAUUUGCCAAAUAUUUAUAAUUUUCUACCGACAAUUUGGUAGAUUGUCGUUCUAUGUGGGAUUCAUGGAAAUUAUCCUCGAAAAUAAGAAAAAAAAAAAACAAUUUUUAAUAGAAAUAAAAAAUACGUACACGAAAAAAUUCAAUCGUCGAUUUCGAUACCACGUCCAAUUUAAUUAUUAUAUUUGUACAAAAUAUCAAACGAACAGCAUUUUCGACACAAUGACUGACCGAAAAAAUGUUUAAACAUGAACAAUAAUUGUGCCCGUAUGUACAUAUGUAUACUAGUUUUAAACGAGCCAAAGCAACGAAAACAAAACCCUUCAAAAUCUCUAAUAAUUUCAUAACGCUUUUCCAGCAUCCCACAUUUACGACAAAAGUAUUUGGGAUUUAGUUCAAGCUUCAAUCACUAAUUAUCGAAUGUUCUAGAUGUUCUGUUGUUUUUUUCUUUUUAAUUGUUGUGGCCCGUUUCAGAGUUUGUGUGGACUGAGACAAAAAACUCGACUCUACGUGUUUAAUCUUAACAUAGAGUGACCGUGCUGACGUUCGAAAGAGUAAAAAUCAUAGAGGAAUUAAGUUUUAAGAAAUUUUUAAUAUCAGCUAUGACGAAACAGACGUAAAAGACUAAUCGAACUGUCGGUUUUUGUAUAUUGACGAGUUUGCACUUCGACUUGAUGUGAUCUUGAUUAUCAGAAAAAAAUCCUAAAAAAUAAAUUAUUAAGGAUUGAUCAACCUAAACCAUUGGAAAAUGAACAUCAUACGUAGAAAAAAAUUCAAGAACUUUGUCAAGAGGAUGAGCGUUUCGUGAAGUAGAAUUAGUCUUGUAUUUUUCUCACAUAUGAUUGUAAUAAAAAAAAAAAAUUGGGAGUUGAAUUGCAGAAAUUGAAUUCGGUCAUGUAUUCAAGUCUCAAUUGGAAAAAAAAUCGAGUCGGUGUGUAAAGUUAGUAUCGAAUCGAUCGAUCGAUCAUUUAUUCUCUUAUGAUCUGGAAUUUUAUCGUGGCGGUAGAUCUUGGUGCUUUGUAUUAUAAAUAUGUAAAUGUCGUAAGAAAAAUUGUUAAUGUAAAAGCAGUGAAAUGAGGGGAAAGGAGUAAAAAUGGGAGAGUUCAGAGGAUCGAGUAGCUGGUAGGGGCCCCUGUAUAAUUAUUUGCACGUUGAUUCGUCAAUAAAAUAGUGAAAUAAGGUUGCGAUUGCACAGAGAAUAUUGAAGAAUAUACUGUUGCUAAAAAAAUAAGAGCGAAUAAAAUUGUAAAUCCCAGCCACAUGCACACAGGCAUACGCGCGAAAACACACACACACGGAGAAACAAAUAGAAAGCUUGUAAACAUUCACGCAUACCGAAACAACGAUGGACGUAUUUUGUACUUUGUUACUCAACGUUUGUAUCAUUUUUUUUUACCUCGUCGAUCCCUCCUCAUCACAAUUUUAUAUGUACUUUAUAUUAACAAGGAAAUCAAGCAAAAAAAAGAAAAGAUGCAAAAAAGCGCUAUCACGGAUCAAGCCGUUUUCAUAAUAUGCGCGCACUCAUUGAGGGUAGAAAAGUCAUUUCUCUUUUAAUGUUAUAAGUGCGAAUAAAUAAAGCGUGUACGACAAAGAAUGAAAUAUAAAGCAUUUGGCCGUCAGCAGGUCACGAGUCAAUAAAACAAAAGGGGCCCUGUGCAAAUGUAAUAUGUAUAAUGUAAUAGACAACAACAAAAUAUUUGACAAGAGAGUCAUUGAUGCCUUGCUUAGCUAAUGAUUGAUAGAUUUUUAGAUGCAAAUAUUAUAUUUCUUGUCAAUUUUAGUUUCUUUUUUUUAUUAUCAUUAUUAUUAUUCGUAAUCUCAUUACGAAUUCUUUACUUUGUUUACAGAAGCAAUUAUAUAUAAAGUUCAAUCUAAUUUGUUGUUUCCUUCACAUCAAUAAGUAUUUCUCGAAAGCGUACAGAAAUUAUUCAAUCCAAAAAGUCACAAAGUUCUUCAGUGUUCACAAUUCAACAUUUUGUCAUUUUCUAUUGUCCACGGCGAUAAAAAAAAAUCUCGUUGAACGAAUGAUUAUAGUUACAAAGGUACAAGGUGCACCUAUAAAAAUAAAAGAAUUUACGUAUUUUAUUGAUUCAGUAAUGAUACGAGAAAUGCCCAUUUUUGUCCGGAAAUGACAGUUUUACAUCGACGCAAAAUAAUGCGUAUCGCUCUCUUCUUUAUCCACGAUACAUAUAAUGUGGCCCUAUUAGGGGACGUUUGAAUUACAAAAGUUUAAUUAAGACAGACAUUGACUACGAUGAUGUAGAAAAUUUCGUUCGUUCAUUUCUGCCUCUUUGUUUGUUUUGUUUUUAUAUACAAUGUUUUUUCUUUGACGUUAGGUCACAAAACGAUGCAUCCAGGUAUCGAUUAGUUUCCAAAAUCGUAUCACCAAUGUUAUUGUUUAAUAACUACGAAUAAUAAUAACAACAAUAAUAAAACAUGAAAUUUUCCAUAAAA